CGCUCGCGCGGCCACAAUCAUCCGCGCGUUUACCGCCGCCAUGGACGCACGCGCGAUGCUGGCCGCCGCCUGGCUUUGCUUGCUCCCACUACCAGCCAGUGGAGGAGGUGCGCCCGCCGGUGCCCCCACUCGGCCACUGGUGCGCUUGACCGAUACCACUGCUACCGCUGCCGGCUGGUUGCGUUUCCGUCCGGAUAGCGAGCGGCUCAAUCUUCACAAUCGCGCCGUCGUCUUCCUCCGGAUAGGCAUGGCGGUGCCGCGGCUGCUCCUGGCGGCGGCGCCCGUCCUCCUCCUGCUGGCGGCGGCGGGCGCGGACGCGCAGCUCUCGGCGGGGUUCUACUCGGCGAGCUGCCCCGCCGUGCACGGCGUCGUGCGCCAGGUCGUGUCGCAGGCGGUCAUGAACGACUCCCGCAGCGGCGCCGCCAUCCUCCGCCUCUUCUACCACGACUGCUUCGUCAACGGCUGCGACGCCUCGCUGCUGCUGGACGACACGCCCGCGACGCCCGGCGAGAAGGGCGCCGGCGCCAACUCCGGCGGCUCCACCUUCGGCUUCGACCUCAUCGACACCAUCAAGGCGCAGGUCGAGGCCGCGUGCCCGGGCACCGUCUCCUGCGCCGACAUCCUCGCCCUCGCCGCGCGCGACAGCGUCAACCUGCGAGCAGCUCGGCGGGCCGAGCUGGGCGGUCCCGCUCGGCCGGCGCGACGCGACGUUCCCGAACGCGACGGGCGCGGGCACGGACCUCCCGGGCCCGGGCUCCGACCUCGACCGGCUCGUGGCCGCCUUCGCCGCCAAGGGCCUGACGUCGCGGGACCUCGCGGCGCUGUCGGGCGCGCACACGGUGGGCAUGGCGCGGUGCCUCAGCUUCCGCGCGCGCGCCUACUGCGACGACAACGUGAGCCCCGCGUUCGCGUCCCGGAUGCGGGGGGCCUGCCCAGCGUCCGGCGGGGACGACGCGGCCGCGCCGCUGGACGCGGCCACCCCCAGCGAGUUCGACAACGGCUACUACCGGAACCUGGUGGCCGGCGCCGGGCUGCUGCACUCCGACCAGGAGCUCUUCAACAACGGGCCCCUCGACGCGCUCGUGCGGCUCUACAGCGCCAACGGCGCCGCCUUCUCGUCGGACUUCGCCGCGUCCAUGGUCAGGCUCGGGAACGUCGGCCCGCUCACGGGCUCCGCGGGGGAGGUCAGGCUCGACUGCCGGAAAGUGAACUCGUCGUGAUGUGCAUUGCAUCCACGAUGAUGUCAGCUUGAUGCUGCUAAUGUGAUGCCUGGCUGCAAUGGAGGAUGAAGCAUGCCAUGGAAAUGGAGCACAAAAGAGUCAAUUCAUUAGCAGAGCUUCGUUGAGCUUUUAAUUUUUUAUUUGAUCAGAGCAAUGUAUGUAAGCAUAAAUUUCUUUUCUUGGAAAUAUACUGCGCAUUCUUUUAUUUACUUUACUUACUAUUA